CAAAAUGUAUUGUUAUUUUGUCAUAGCCGUUCUAUUAGUCUGAUGAUAUUAACUGAUGAAUACAAAUACUAAAUUCAAUUCGCUGUCAAAAUGACUUUGACGUUUAUUUUCGCGGUAGUUAAAAGAUGGUUUCUUUCACAUAAAUAUAUGGAAAUUUGUUGACGUUUGUACUUUUUGGUAAAAAAUUUAGUAUGUGGCUAUAAUUAAUUACAUUUAAUUCACUACAGAAGGCGUCAAACUGAUGAAGAAUGAUGACCACAAAUUUAACCACCGAAGAUGUAGUCGUGCAGUUGACUAGUCCACAAAUUAUUACCACAUGUCCGGUGGGCGAUACAGUAGUCCGUUCUGGUGUGACAGCGGGCUCGGGGGGGUCAGGGCGUGGGGGGGCGGGGGCGGGGGCCGAGCUGGGGCGACGGCUGCUGGUGGCGGCGCGGGGGGGCGACACUACUACUGUACUAGAACUCAUGGCCAAAGGUGCACCCUUUACUACUGACUGGCUAGGCACGUCCCCGCUGCACCUGGCGGCCAGCAACAACCACGUGGAGACGUGCGCGGUGCUGCUGCGCGCGGGCGUGUCGCGGGACUCGCGCACCAAGGUGGACCGCACGCCGCUGCACCUGGCCGCCUACGCGGGCCACGCCGACGUCAUCGCGCUGCUGCUGCGCUACGGCGCCCAGGUCGACUGCAGGGACAUGCUGCGCAUGACGCCGCUGCACUGGGCGGUGCAGCGCGGGCACGGGGGCGCGGCGGCCGAGCUGGUGCGGGGCGGCGCGGACCCCACGGCGCUGUCCAAGUUCCACAAGUCGCCGCUGUCGCUGGCCGCCGCCGCCAGCCGCGCCGACAGCCGCGCCGACAUCCUCGCGCUCAUCGAGGACGCGCUCAAGCAGCGGGAGGCCGCGCACUCCGUGGACGCGCUCGUCACCGAACAAAGCAUGUCAGUGGAUCAAGACGCGCAGCCACAGAUAAACUUCGACCCGGUCCAAAACAUCCCGGGGCGCAGCGACAGCGGCAGAGGCGAGGAGCGCGCCCCGCAGGAACAGCCAAUCAAGAUCGAAAUAGAUAACAGGGAUAACGUAGAGAACAGCACGGAGAACAGACGCAGUGUAGCUGCGGCCAUACUGCGUGCGCACGGCAUCGCGCCCCUCCCGCCAGACCGCGGCUCCACGCUGCUCACCGCGCUGCAGAGCGGGCGGACCCUCGUACUGUCCGAUGCCGGUAAGCUAAUGCUGAAAGAAAGCACGGAGCCCCAAAACCAACCCUUUGGAGGGUCAAAGCCAGCCAAUAGUAGCUCAGGCGUGCUGCUGACUGCUACUCCUGUCAAGUCGCCGCCGGCCCCGGGAGUUAAGAUCUUCACCUUCAACAAGAUGGUCAACAACAAAAUCCCUAUCAAGAAAAUUAUUAAUCCUCAUGAUAUGCAGGUGAAGUUUGUCCAACUGCCCCCGAAUGCAAAAAUCAUAUCUCCAUCAAAAGUCAUUCCAGUGAAGAAUAAACCGAAAGUAUCUUCGGAGGCAGGUCGACCUGCUGUCAAGAUCAUCAUGAACAAAAACAAUUUCAAGAAACUCAUCGCCAAUGUCAAGAACAAUAACAAUACUGUGCAGAACAAAAGUGACGUCACUAAUAUUGCUGAAACUGGCAGUAGUGAACUGGAGACAGGCACCGGCGGCUCUGUGUGGCGACAUGCGGCUGAGGGCGCUCGGCGAGCCGAACUAGCCGCCUGCAGCACCCAGCCGGCGGUACUGCGGGCCGCCUUGCACGCCGCCGCCACCUUGCUGCGAGACCUCACCGAUACCCUUCGACACUGCGAACGACACCACACCUAGCGGCCCUACACUGGCGGGCCCUCACUCAGUGCUGCGGCCCUACACCUGCUGCGCCUGCACGCUGACACUCGAGCGGGCCCACACUCGCGGACUCCGCACUCUGCCACAGUCGAGCGGGCCCGCACUAACGGACUCCGCACGCCGACACUCGAGCGGGCCCACACUCGCGGACUCCGCACUCUGCCACAGUCGAGCGGGCCCGCACUAACGGACUCCGCACGCCGACACUCGAGCGGGCCCACACUCGCGGACUCCGCACUCUGACACAGUCGAGCGGGCCCGCACUAACGGACUCCGCACGCCGACACUCGAGCGGGCCCACACUCGCGGACUCGGCACUCUGACACAGUCGAGCGGGCCCGCACUAACGGACUCCGCACGCCGACACUCGAGCGGGCCCACACUCGCGGACUCCGCACUCUGACACAGUCGAGCGGACUCCGCACUAACGGACUCCGCACGCCGACACUCGAGCGGGCCCACACUCGCGGACUCCGCACUCUGACACAGUCGAGCGGGCCCGCACUAACGGACUCCGCACGCCGACACUCGAGCGGGCCCACACUCGCGGACUCCGCACUCUGACACAGUCGAGCGGGCCCGCACUAACGGACUCCGCACGCCGACACUCGAGCGGGCCCACACUCGCGGACUCCGCACUCUGACACAGUCGAGCGGGCCCGCACUAACGGACUCCGCACGCCGACACUCGAGCGGGCCCACACUCGCGGACUCCGCACUCUGACACAGUCGAGCGGACUCCGCACUAACGGACUCCGCACGCCGACACUCGAGCGGGCCCACACUCGCGGACUCCGCACUCUGACACAGUCGAGCGGGCCCGCACUAACGGACUCCGCACUCCGACAGUCGAGCUGGCCAACACUAACGGAUUCGGCUUCCGACACAGUAGAGCUGGGCCACACUAACGGACUCCGACCACACACACACACACCCACACCCUACUACCCACACUAACGGCUCUUAGGUCUACAUAUAACUUGACAAUGGACACCAGAAAGACUCAUUAAGGAAGGUAUAGGUCUGCAUACAUAGCAAAGCUUACCUAGGUAUUGUAAUCCUGGCUACUUCGUGAACUUCUAGAUUAGACACCGGCACAAAUAUUCACUAUUUUUAUUCCAAACAUCACAAUAAUUUAAUGUACAUAUUGUAUAAACUUAUUUCCCGAAAUAAAUAUUAGAUAAAUCAAUUUAUUCAUUGAAAAAUGUAACAGGGUAUACACAAAAUGAAAAUAUGUAUAGGUAUCAUAUCAUGCAUAAUCUCAUACCUUUUUAUUUCUUUUUGUAGAGAAAUAGUUAAUUAUUAUUUUAUUUUUAAACAACCUGUCACCACUUCCUCACCGAGACCCUUAUUGCCGGGUCCAAUAUUCACCUCUAGUACAAAAGGCUUAUUGUACCUUUUUGGUUAGCAGUUUGUUUUUGAAGACUUCAGAACCCUUUUUUUAAGUAUAGAAUAGUUUAAUAACAUUUUUCUGAAUGGCAUUUUCACUGUUUAUAUCUCAAAGAUAAAAAUAAUUAGUGUAAGAUUUUCGUAGGGAAUUUAUUUAAAUUAAUUUGUAAUAUUUGUAAAUACAUAAUAUGUUAAGUUGAAACAAAUAAUAGUGACUAAGUUGUUGUCAAUAAAUAUUUUUAUAAAAA